UAAAUAAUAACCGCUCUUUAAAAAUCAUUCAAUUUCUUUUAUCUUUUUUCUAUUAUCAUCUCUGUUAGCUGAAGAAACAAAAAUAAAUCUCAGCUCGCUCUUUUAUUUUCCGUGUAAUAGCAAUCUGGCUACAGACAGGCUAGCAUCUCUUUUACAUUUUAAAGGUUGGGUUUUCCUGAUUAGCAAAGAUUUUGGUUCACUCUGGCCGCUGCAAUAAAUUCCAAGUGUUCUCGCACCUCUAGGCGGGUGUGGGGUGGCGAUAGCAAUAGAGUGAGUUUGCUUUCUGUUUUAAGAAGAUCUAGGUCAUCUCAUGUUUGGAGGUUGUGCCGUGUUUCUGAGGGUUUGUCGCUUGAUUAUGGCUAAGGUCUCCUUUUCCUAGAUCCCAACAAGUUUUAGUGUAGUUGAAGAUCUACAAUAUUAAUUGAUGCUCGGAGUAGAAAUAGUUUUUGAUCCUUCUUAAAUUUUCUUGUAUAAAAGUUUGCGUGAAUGUAGUCUGUAUUUUCCGCAAUGGUUACAUUUUCGUGCUUCAGUGCUCACAUCAAUUCUCACAAAUCAAAGAAAGCUGUUGAACCUUCUCUUGAAGCAAUGCAUAAAACUUUGCAAGACACAUCACAUGGUCAAUCUUCUAUGGCUUCACCUAAAUCUGCAAGAUUAGAUUCAUUGCUGUUGAUCACACAAGCUAAUACUGAAAAUAGUGGUGGUACCAAGGAUUUCACAAGCUCUGUGUUUGUCGAACGAGGCUGGAAACAAGAGGAAGUUAAAGGAAAAUUGAACUGUGAGAAUAACUCAGGAAUUCAUCAGAAAGUCCUAAAGAAAAGUCAGUCUUUAGGAAAUGCAUUAUGCCUUGAAGGAACUGUUCUUUGUGACAAUGAUAUUGAUGAUGAAAUACACCAUGAAUUUUCUAGUGAUUCUCUUGAUCAGAAUGGGUCGGUGGGACCAUAUGCUACUAAUGGUCCAAGAGAUAGCCCAGUUAGUCAGCAGGAAGACGCUCCAAGGUCAGAGUCUGUUCAAGUUAGUUCUGAUGUUUUCAACAAUAAAUCCAUUUUCUCAAUCAGAGAUCCUCAGCAGUCCGAGAAGGAAGACCCUGAAAAUUCCGAAAUUAUGUUAUCGGGUGAAGGUGCCAAUGAAUCAUGUGACCAUACACCUCGCACACCUCCAACAAUUCCGAAAUCAAGGUCUUUGCCUAGUAUUUGCAUGUCCUUGCCUUCGCCUGACGGAAAUUCUUAUAACUAUAUGGUACCUAAGUCAAGAUCUUCUGAGGACCUGCAUGUUCUGUACAUGAGGCGGAAAGAGGGUUCAUUUCAUGAGGCUGGGAGGAGAGCCAUACAUGAACAUGAACCAAACAAUAAUGUUUGUGAAAUUGGGAAAAAUAACUUUGAUAAUUGUCUUGAUGAUAAUUAUGAUUCAUACAAUUAUUCGGCUUCAGCAAAAGACUGGAUAGUACCUGUUACAGAUGAGGUAACAGAAAUGAAACACCUCCAAGGAGAAUCCUCCAUCCAGCAGGGUGAUGGAUUACAGGGCAAGGAUUUUAAAAUUAAGCGGAUUCAGGAGUGGGUCACUGAUCUUCAACAUUGCAGUGCACCGGAAGAAACAGAUGAAGUCUCAAAUAGUGUUCACCUAAUGAAUAGCGUUUCCCCUGCCAUCAAUGGUUUGACUGCUACUAAGAUGAAUAGCAAUUUUUCUCCUGGCAUGGAGGCUGUAAAAAGAUAUAUCUCUUCUUUGAGUGCCUUUUCUACUACUGUUCAGCUGUCAAAUCACGGGUUGGUGGUGAUUCCAUUUCUUGGUGCAUUUAUAAGCUUGAAGGUGCUUAAUCUAUCUGGAAAUUCCAUAGUGAGAAUAACUGCUGGUUCCCUUCCUCGCGGACUUCAUAUGUUAAAUCUGUCAAAAAAUAAACUCUCUAAUAUUGAGGGUUUACGUGAACUCACUCGGCUUCGUGUGCUGGACUUGAGCUAUAACCGGAUAUUCAGAAUUGGCCAUGGACUGGCUUCUUGUUCUUCACUGAAAGAGUUGUAUCUGGCGGGAAAUAAAAUAAGCGAGGUUGAGGGUCUCCAUCGGCUGUUAAAGCUAACAGUAUUAGAUCUGCGUUUCAACAAAAUCUCUACAGCCAAAUGUCUGGGCCAACUUGCAGCCAAUUACAUAUCCUUACAAGCUAUCAGCUUGGAAGGGAAUCCAGCUCAGAGAAAUGUUGGAGAUGAACAAAUCAAGAAAUAUCUACAAAGCCUUCUUCCUCAUCUUGUUUACUUCAAUCGGCAACCAACUAAGGUGAGCACAUUGAAAGAUGCUGCGGACCGGUCACUAAGGUUAGGGAUCAAUGCACAUCAGUUUGACCGUGGCCUAAGAUCAGAAAACAAAGUUGGACGAAAGGCGAGUCAUGGUGUAGGUGGCACUAAGCCAACAUCUUCAUCAACUCAUUCUCGUAAAAAUCAGGCUCUUGUCUCGGCAAAUCCAUCCAAGGGUAGGCAUGCCCGUCUGCCACCCAGUGGAACUAAAGUAACUGGCAGCCAUCGACAGCAUUAUAUUGAUAUCGGUAGCAAACUGGUUAACUUCGGAUCAGCGUUGUCAAUGCGCAGGAGUCGUAGUGAGGGCACUUUGGGAGGCCUGUGAGAAUUUGGAGCUGUGAUUAGACAUUUGGUUGCAUAUUGUAUCAGUUGUAUUUCGUUUUCAUCAUGUCAUUUGUUAUGUUGUGGUCGUCCUAUGUGAAUAAAAAUAGCACCUGUCUAGGUCUGUGUUGUCCAUCAUGUUAUGCAACAGUGAUGCUAUGUGAAUAAACAGCACAUGGCUAGGUAUGUGUUGCAGUUCUUCUUAUUAAAGAAGCAACUUGUAUUUGAAUCUAGCCGUUUUCAUGAACAGAUGUUUAAAAUUUAUCACUCA